UUUCAUCCAUCCCGAACAACAAGGAAACUGUUUCGGAGUCCUGGCUUCCGAAUCCCUUGGUGGCGGAACUUGUACACUGAGCAGAACACAAUCUUAUAUUGCAGUUGCGAUCUUCUAGGUUGUUCUAAAUCAAUAAUCCAAAUAACGAUUAUUUAACAGUUAGCAACGACGGUGUGAGAUAGAAGGGAAGAGGGAGAGCGAGAGGGAGACCGGGUGGUGGUGGAAGAGAUUGGUUGUCCUGAGAUUUGCUGUAUGUCAGUAGAUUGCAGCGGGAGCUACUACGGCGGUUUUGGUGAGCUUGCAAAUCCACUACAAUGGCCACAACUGAGGAAAAAGCGACGUCUUGCUGCAUUAGCGAUAAACCUGCUGCCGUGCACCGAAAAGCAGCUGUUUCUUCAACUACAGUAGCAGACGUUGUUCAGGAUUGGAGUGUAGACAAUGUUGAUGGGAGUGACGAUCAGCGUCACAAGAGAGGUGUCAUGACGACGUCAGUGAUUCGCCCCGUUGAUUCUCUUCCUGAGUCGUCAGUAAAUGCUUCCUCGAAGGGUCUGCAAGUCAUGAUGAGGGCUCAAUCCAGCCAUCCAUUGGACCCUUUAUUGGCUGCUGAAAUCUCUGUAGCAGUGGCAACUGUCAGGGCUGCUGGUGCCACUCCUGAGGUUAGAGAUGGCAUGCGUUUUAUUGAAGUUGUUUUAUUGGAACCAGAUAAAAAUGUUGUUGCGUUAGCAGAUGCAUAUUUCUUCCCUCCAUUCCAGCCAUCAUUACUCCCCAAAACAAAAGGUGGACCUGUUAUUCCUAGUAAACUUCCUCCAAGGCGUGCUAGACUUGUUGUAUACAAUAAAAAAUCAAACGAGACAAGUGUCUGGGUUGUUGAACUAUCUGAAGUGCAUGCAGCAACUCGAGGUGGACAUCAUAGGGGGAAAGUCAUUUCAUCACAAGUCAUUCCAGAUGUUCAACCUCCCAUGGAUGCUGUAGAGUAUGCUGAAUGUGAAGCUGUUGUUAAAGACUACCCUCCAUUUCGGGAGGCGAUGAAGAAGAGGGGUAUUGAGGAUAUGGAUCUUGUGAUGGUAGAUGCCUGGUGUGCUGGUUAUCAUAGUGAGGCUGAUGCUCCUAGUCGCAGGCUUGCCAAACCACUCAUCUUUUGUAGAACUGAGAGUGACUGCCCAAUGGAAAAUGGUUAUGCUCGUCCCGUUGAAGGCAUAUAUGUGGUUGUUGACAUGCAAAAUAUGGUGGUAAUUAAGUUUGAAGACCGGAAGCUUGUUCCUCUACCUCCAGCUGAUCCAUUGAGAAAUUAUACUCCUGGUGAAACACGAGGAGGUGUUGACCGAAGUGAUGUGAAGCUCCUACAAAUUAUUCAGCCUGAAGGUCCAAGCUUUCGUGUCAAUGGACACUUUGUAGAAUGGCAGAAGUGGAAUUUUCGCAUUGGUUUCACUCCUAGGGAAGGUCUGGUUAUCUACUCUGUUGCAUAUAUUGAUGGUAGUCGAGGUCGGAGAUCUGUGGCCCAUAGGUUGAGCUUUGUUGAGAUGGUAGUUCCUUAUGGAGAUCCAAAUGAGCCACACUAUAGGAAGAAUGCAUUUGAUGCUGGGGAAGAUGGCCUUGGUAAAAAUGCCCAUUCUCUUAAGAAGGGAUGUGAUUGUUUGGGUUACAUCAAAUACUUUGAUGCCCACUUUACAAAUUUUACUGGAGGUGUUGAGACAAUUGAAAAUUGUGUCUGUUUGCAUGAAGAGGAUCAUGGAAUCCUAUGGAAACAUCAGGACUGGAGGACAGGCUUAGCAGAAGUUCGGAGAUCUAGACGGCUAACGGUGUCUUUUAUAUGCACUGUUGCAAAUUAUGAAUAUGGAUUCUUCUGGCACUUUUAUCAGGAUGGAAAAAUUGAAGCUGAGGUUAAACUUACUGGAAUUCUUAGCCUGGGAGCAUUGCAGCCAGGAGAAUCAAGAAAAUAUGGAACAACAAUUGCACCAGGGUUAUAUGCCCCAGUUCAUCAACAUUUCUUUGUUGCCCGUAUGGACAUGGCUGUUGAUUGUAAGCCUGGUGAACCAUUCAAUCAGGUGGUUGAGUUGAAUGUUAAAGUUGAGGAGCCAGGGAAGGACAACGUUCAUAACAAUGCAUUCUAUGCCGAAGAAGAUCUACUCAGAUCAGAAUUGCAAGCAAUGCGCGAUUGCAAUCCUUUAACUGCUCGCCAUUGGAUUGUCAGGAACACAAGAAGUGUUAACCGAACUGGCCAACUAACAGGAUAUAAGCUUGUCCCUGGUUCUAAUUGUUUGCCUUUAGCUGGUUCUGAGGCAAAAUUUUUGAGAAGAGCUGCUUUCUUAAAACAUAAUCUCUGGGUUACGCCUUAUUCACGUGAUGAGAUGUAUCCUGGUGGAGAGUUUCCUAAUCAAAAUCCACGUAUUGGUGAGGGAUUGGCUACCUGGGUCAAGCAAGAUAGAUCACUUGAAGAAACUGAUAUAGUUCUCUGGUACGUUUUUGGAAUUACACACAUUCCUCGUUUGGAAGACUGGCCAGUCAUGCCAGUAGAGCGAAUUGGUUUUAUGCUUAUGCCCCAUGGAUUUUUCAAUUGCUCUCCAGCAGUGGAUGUCCCGCCGAAUGCAAGUGAUUUGGAUCUCAAGGACAAUAUUGUGACAAAGUCGAUUCACAAUGGAUUGCUCGCAAAGCUCUAAAAAAGGUCGCUGAAGGUGGGUUGCCUCCGAUUUGAUUCAGUUUCUUGUUAACAAUAUAGACAAUCGAUCAGUGGCCUCCCAAACUCAAGUUUUACUUCUUAGGAGUAGGAUCUUGAACAUGUAUUGGCUUUUGCAGUAUGUUGUUGAACAUUAUUCAAUUUACUGAUGGGCUCGGGCCCAUACCUUUUGGAAUGACGUUGAUGGGAAUUGGUGGUAGUUUUAGAAGCUUUGUCAACCGGUUUUUGUCUUAAAAAAUACAUGAUAACCAUGAUUAUGUUGAA